AUGACUCAACGACGAGCUGGACCUGCCGAUGUCGAUGACAUGGGUCGUAUUGGUUUGCAGGCCAUGCCUUUAGAUCCCCAAUGGAACUAUCGCUACCGUCAUCGCAAAGAGUAUCCCAAGGACCACGAGAAGUACAUCAGGCGGAAGUGGCAAAAGUACUUCGACAACAACGACGGCAAAUGGACAGUCAAUUUGAUCGAUAUGCCCAGCAACGAAGAUUCAGACGACGAAGUCUUUGGCGACAAACAGUUUCACUUACAGCUGUUGGCCACAGAUCCCGACUACCAAGGUCGAAGGGCUGCUUCAAAGCUCCGUCGGUGGGGUUUGGAUUACGCCGCGAGACAUGACUGGUUUGUCACCUUAUUGCAAGCCCGAUGGGGUCUGUCCUGCAUGGACACCUUGGUUUCCGGGAGGUUGUGGUAG